CUUUAUUUAAGCUUGUUCACGUUGAUCAGUUUCAUUGCGCUAUGAGCGUUACCGAGUCGCUGAGUCUCUCUCACCUCCUUUAACUUUCUGUCAAGGACCUCAUCGUGAAUCACAAACAUGCAACUCAUUCAGCUGAGACUGUGUCAUGUUCUACUCAUCAUCACUACAUUAUACACCACUGAGGCAGUAACACAAGGAUGUGAGGACUGGAAACCGUCAAGUCAAGGUGUCUGCUGUCAUCGAUGCCGCCCAGGGAACCACUUGGUAUCGGAAUGUGGACCAGACCACAGAACACUCUGUACACCAUGUGGACCUAAUACUUACACAAAUCAUCCAAUGGCUCCGCACUGCCAAAGAUGCAUGCAGUGUAUAGAUCCGCAAAUCCAAGUGAAACCCUGCAACAGCAGUGCAAACACCGUGUGUGGAUGCAAACCUGGAUUUCGCUGUGGAAAUCAGGAGUGUACCUACUGUGUGGAUGAGUGCACAAAGGGUCAAGAGCCAACAGAUGAACGGGAUUGUAGAAAAUGCCCGGAUGGAACCUUCAAUGAUCAAAUCCACAGUGCGUGUAAACCUUGGAGCGAAAGUUGUCCUAAAGGAGAGAAAAUUCUUGCCAGUGGUAAUGAAUUCAGCGACAUAACCUGCAUCAAGGCAAUAGUUACAACAUCCCCAGCCUCGGAUGAUUACUCUAUAUAUCCAGUCAUUGGAUUUUUCACUGGCAGCUGUGCACUCGUGACCACUAUCAUUUUAUUGCUGUGGUUCACCUAUAGAAGAACAAAAAACAAAAUAAAGAUCACAUUAAUUGGCAAGGAUACAAAACCAACUACUCCAACCCAAGGAGAGCUGACUAUUAUGAUGGUAGAGCAUGAAGAAGCCUGCAGUUUCCAUCGGCCGGAACAGGAGCAAGGUGGCAGCUCUGAUUCCAUCAACACACAAGACUCUGAAACAAAACUCAUAGUGUGAGCUCAAUGGAUUAUUUUGUGCAGUUUUUGCUCAUGCGGAACUCCAUGGAUAUUAAACCUGGUGCUGUUUAUGCAUAAGAUGGAGCGUUUGACAGAGAAACAGGUGAAUUUCCUGGCAUACCAUUUACAUAUGGAAAGUCCUAACUGAGACCUAAUGAAAAUAGUAGGCUAAUAUGCCAAACGUUGAAGUGAGAUAUUUUGAGCAGUAUAUGCAACCAGCAAGAGCGAGAAAGAGAGAGGCUUGCUCUUUGGUCACGUAGGAGUCUUGUGAACACUUCUUAUAGAUGUGGGCGUCUCCUACAGACAACUUCGUCAUACUUGUAAGUCACAGACGUUUUGAAAUACCCUGGUGGGCUUCCCCUGGUUUUCUGCUUUAAAUGGCAAUAUUUUAAAUGUCUCGUUUUAGAGAUUUGAUCUGACCAUGCUUUGGAGGAAGAUGGUUUGAAAACAAUUUAAUUUUUAUUGCUAAACUUCUUGGCAUUGGCAACAUGUUUUCUCGUCUUCUGAGAAGAUUUAUUUGGUAACACUUCUUUAGAAAUCCAAAGCACAGGGACUCAUCAUGUGUAAAGUUUCUGCUGAUUUCACAGAUGUAAAUACAAUAUUUUAAAAUUGUGUAAUGUACAAUGGGAAUUUUGAAACUUUCUGGAACAAAGCCCAGGGAAUGUGCUAAGGGUUCAGGGCUUCCCCUGAGAGAACUUUUGUGGUAUAGAUCAGUGAGAAGCAAAUGAGUAAAAGAGGAUUUGGUAGAAAUGAAAUCGUGAAUUAAAAACAAAUGUUUGCCACAUUCCAAUGCAGAAAGCAAAACUAUGAUAUCCAGCGGUUUUAUUGUAUUUAGUACUUUCGGUGACUCAGUGAAUGAAUGUGUGUGAGUCACAUGGCAUGACGAGGCUUAAUAUCAACAAUUGCAUUUCUUAUUAACUACUCAUACCUUUAGCAUGCUUGAGUCACCCGAGUUUAUAUUCUUUCUCUUGACUUUAAAAAGAAUAAUCCCGGUUCUUUUCGAGGUAGUAUUUUGGGAAAAUCCACCUAUACCUGCUGGCAAAACCCAGCUCUGUUUGUUUCAGAUAACUACAUUAAGAGUGUAAUCUUAACCCAACUUAAUGUUUAGUAGAAGAAUAUGUAGCACUGUCCUUCUACCAGCAAACAAAACCAGUUAGGGAUCCCCCAGUGAACGCUCUGCAAAGAAUACUAACCCGAAUACUAACUCCAAUACGCUUAAUGGUUAUGGUUACAGUCAUAAUUAUCAAGUCAAACGAUCUUUCGAUCAAAGCCAUGCUGAUGUUUUUUGGACAGAGUCAAUCCCACUGAAUAUGUAUUACACAGUUUUCAUUGUUAAAUGUUUUAUACAAUUUUUUUACUCAAAAUGUACGUGCAAUAUAAUUCUGCUAAAUAAAAAUUUUUUUUUA